UUUUUUUUUUUUUUUUUGAUUUUUUAGAGAGAGGGAGAAGGAAUUCUAUCUCUCUCUCUAAAGCUAUUUUACUUUAUUUUGUUUAUGGGUUUAUAAAAAUAUCAGGGGGUGGUCUUUACUUUUUCUCUCCCUUUUUUCUUUCCGUUUCUUCCAAAAUUUUGGGUCAUGUAGUUUUCUUGGGGGUUGAAAGUUGGGAUUAUCUCGAAAAUUCGAUUUGGGUGUUUGGGGUUCUCGAAUUUUGAUUCUGGGUAAUUUCAAAUAAAUGAAUUUGGAUUUGGUUUUGGGGUGGGGUGUUGUCCUCUUCGCGUUCCUCCCCUUGAAUCUUGUGGUUAAGAUCUUCCGAUUCAGGUUCAAAUUUAAGUUUUAAGGUUGAAUUGGAGUACUGGGUUGUGUGGAUUCUUCUUUUGGAUUUGAGGGUUUAAGUGGGUUCAGUCUGAUGGGUGCUAAUUUAUCGGAUACUAGUGGAAGAAUGUCUGGGCUUGAAGCUAUGCCGGAGAAUUGUGUGGCUCUGGUUUUGAUGCAUAUGGACCCGCCGGAGAUUUGUAAAUUGGCCGGAGUUAAUCGGCUGUUUCGCGAUGCUGCGUCGGCGGAUUUCAUCUGGGAAUCUAAAUUGCCUUCUAAUUAUCUGUUUCUGAUGGACAAAGUAUUUGAGUUUGAUGAGAAAGAGAGAGCUAUGGUGAAUUUGAGGAAGAAAGAUGUUUAUGCUAGGCUUUGUAGAAGAAACCCCUUAAAUGGCGUCUCAAAGGAGUUUUGGUUGGACAAGAAAACUGGAGGGUUAUCAAUGGCGAUUUCAUGGAAAGCCUUGACAAUUACUGGAAUUGAUGAUAGGAGAUACUGGAAUCAUAUUUUCACGGAGGAAUCCAGAUUUCAGACUAUAGCUUAUCUUUAUCAAACGUGGUGGUUGGAGGUGAAUGGGGAGCUGAAGUUCCAAUUUCCUGAAGGAAGAUAUUCGGUGUUCUUUAGGCUCCAUCUUGGCAAACCAUCGAAGAGACUCGGUCGUCGAGUCUGCAACACGGAACAAGUCCAUGGCUGGGACAUAAAGCCAGUAAGGUUUCAAUUGAAGACUUCCGAUAAUCAGCACAUUGAAUCUAAGUGUUUCUUGGGGAGUCCUGGGAAUUGGGUAAACUACUAUGUGGGAGAUUUCACCAUUGGAAGUAGUGGGAGCAACAGUUUGAUGAAGCUCAAAUUCUCAUUGACUCAGAUCGAUUGCACUCACACUAAAGGAGGGCUAUGCCUAGACUCCGUGCUCAUUCAACCUUUUCCUCUAGCAAAUGAGGCAAAGUAGAGAUUUUGUAGUUAAAUGAACAGGUAAAAUAUUGAAAUUAUCUGUUGCUCAUUUUCUGAGUGUGGCAUGCCCCAACUUUUAGACAACGUGGUUUGUCCGAAAGAGCGGCGUCUCUUACGUUUUAUUGUUUGGAUCGGAAGUCUGAUGGGGUUUGAGAUGAGGACUCCGAGUAUGCUCGAUGAAUUGGGAGAUUGACCACUCACUUGUUGGAGCAAUGUUUAGUUUUUUCCAUUUUCAGACAUGUUUUGUUUGAAAGUUUUGGUGUCAUUAUAUGUUUUGGAACCUCCAAAUGAACAGAAUAGGGAAUAAAAUGUCAAAUGUGUAAAGGAAAAGAAAAGGAAAAUCAUGCUGAAAAUUCCAUUAGCUGCAAUGUUUACUUUCAAAUUAUUGGGAUUUUGAGGAUAUUUUGUAGUCUUUCCCCUUUUGUGUA